AUGGGUGCACACUUCCUCCCGGACAAAGUAUUUGCUGUUAUUUACAGUGAGACCGCACUCGCAGAGCUCCGCCGAGAAACCCCCGCCAGCGGCGCGCAGGGAAUCCCCUCCUUCCCGCUGCCCGGAGGACCGGUGACUGUGCUCACAGCUCCGCGGGGCAGCCAGGAGCGAGCGUGCCUGGGGCGGGCGGCGGCCGCGGUCAGAGAUUGUGAUGGUCCUUUUCAAGCAACUCAGCUGUGGAAUAGUAUUAUUCAUGCUCUUCACAGUCAGGUGGAAAUCAAAAGACGUAGACAACAUCUAAAAACAUAUAAAAACUGUUUCACCGGCUCAAAUGCUGUUGAUGUGGUACUGAGCCAUCUUAUGCAAAGCAUGUACCUAAGCUGCAAUGAUAUUUCUCGGCUGAAGGGAGUCCGUGUAUGUCAAGCAUUGAUGGAUCACAAGGUGUUUGAGCCAGUUGGAGCAAAGCUUUACUUAUUCAGGAAUGAGAGAGAAACAGAGUUUGAAGACACAAACACUAGUCUCUAUAAAUUUGUAAAUAGCAGUUUUACUCCUCGUCUUCCGAGAAAGAAUAAAGACAAUGAGAGCUUGUCUCCUGAGCAAAUCUGCAAACAGAAGACAAAAAGACGUUCCAAAACGAAGUGUGAAACAACACUUUCAAACCCCUUAGCAUUAGAAGCAGCCGAUAAAAAGAGGGUAGAGGAGCUUCUUCAAUCAAUAAAUGUUCACGCAUCUUUACCUCCAAAGAUCAUGGUUAAUGAACCAACUAAUCGGCUUUCAAAAAGAGUAAUAGAAGAUGUCUGGAAACAGCAAACUCUGCUACGACUGCUGCAGUUAAUUGAUGUUCCGCUUCUAGAAGAUGUCUUGGUGUCUUCAGUGAAGACAAAACCGGACUGUUUUGGCAAAGAAGAAGACCUGAUUAUCUCAAAUACUUUCCUGGACAGAGAGGUUACAUGUAGCUUAAACUUGCCUGAGUAA